AAUGCACGUCACUCUGGCGCAAAUCGAGUCCACGUCCUUCUGAUGCUCAACUGUCGUGCCUGCCUUUGGCAAUGUGUCCAGCCCUUCGAUCGCCCAGCUAGUCUCCAGCGAAUUCGCCGUAAUGUAAAUCCACUUCUGCGCCAGAGCCAGCAGCGGCUCCAGAGCACCGACAUCCACCACAAGACCGGCACACGCCCUUACUACCGUGUCAAGGUCGAGAAGCUGUCGCAGAGCAGAGAUGAGCCUUGGAAGAAUUCUGCAGCUGCCGAAAAUCAGCAGAAAUGGGCGAGAUCAGCGGUGCGCCAAGCGCCAGGGAGAGUUGCAGACAGGCAGGAGACGCCCAACUUGAUGAAUCUGGGCAGGAAACCUCCGCACAUGUCAGACACCGAGUGGAAUAGGAGGAAGCGAGAGCUGCGGUUUCUGCAGGAUCCAUUGGAUCUGGCCCAGUUUGUAAGGGCAGAGCUGGAGAAGGACAAGGUGGAUGAGAUGAAGCAACUCGUGCAGAUGGCGAGCCACUCGAUGGCAUGCGUCGUCAGCUGGAACCACAUCAUCGACCACUAUCUGGCCAAAUCGCAGGUUGCCCCUGCGAUCAAGGUGUACAACGAGAUGAAGAAGCGCGCACAGUUCCCCGAUUCUUACACGUACACGAUCCUUCUACGCGGGCUCUCGAUCAACGCGCAUGUCUCAGGUGUCCUCGAGAAAGCCCUCUCGAUCUACCACUCCAUGUAUGCGCCAAAUUCCCGCGUCGAACCGUCAAUCAUACAUACGAAUGCCGCACUGCGAGUGUGUGCAAGAGCGCUUGACAUGGAUGCGCUCUGGGGCAUAGCUGCGAAGAUCCCAGAAACGGGGGCGGGCGCAGCAAAUGCUACCACCUACAACACCAUAAUCAACGCGAUCCGUCAGAGCAUGCUACUCAAGGUACCGACUGACGAGUCUGCGGAAGAGGCCGCUAUUAGAAAGGAUCGCAGCAUUAUGGAAGCUCGAAGGCUUUGGGAAGACAUCGCAGGAAAGUGGAAGAACGCCGACGUUGUUAUUGACGAGGAGUUGGUAUGCUCGAUGGCGCGAUUGCUGCUGAUGGGAGCUCGACCACGGGACUGGGAUGAUGUGCUCUCUCUGGUGGAGCAGACCAUGGACAUACCACGGCUCGUGCCUCGACUAGGCACAAUGGAGCGCGUGGCAGCUGGCUUCCCACGGUUACGAACGCCUGAUGUGCCGGACGACUUUGCCUUCGACGAUGAUCAUCUGGCGCCUGGUCAGCCUGCGAUCCGAGGAGAUGAGUUUUUGCCAUUCACCGGUAACGUGAGGCAUCUUGUAUUCGUGAAGCCCGGCAACAACACUCUCUCUGUGCUGCAGGAAGCCUGCCAAAAGAUCGCCGCCCCCAAGGCUGCACAUCAGUACUGGGACAUGCUGGCCGACUCUGCGUCAUAUGCCAUCAAACCAGAUCUCAACAACUUGAAUCAACAAUUGCGCAACAUGCGUCUAAAUCGAGCGUCAGGCGCUGCUGCUGAGCUUCUGCAGAAGGAUAUCAUUGGUGGUGGCUUCAGGCCUGGCCCAGGAACAUUCAGGAUCGCCAUGAGCACUUGCGUACGAGACAAGAACAACCACAACUCGCUCAAACAUGCCAGUCAGAUCCUACAUCACAUGAACAAGGCAUUCGAAGAUGCCGACCCCAAAACUGUAGGCAUGUAUGCCGACCUGGCGCUCAGGUUCCCGUUAGCGACUGGCCAGGAUCUCAUCGAUGCCCUCACCUCUCUCCACCCCAUCGUCAAAAACCUGCGUCUGCAGCUUGGUGUUGGUGCAGCAGGUAGAGGGAAAGACGGCGCUACCCCUGCCAAAGGCCAAUGGCGCCAAGACAUCCUCGACGCGAUCAGAAAGGUUUACGCUGUGUACGACCGACUGCUUCUCUCGAAUCUCAUUGCGGAAGAGCAGAAGCAUGACUUCAAGAAGGAACGGGCUAGGCUGUCGGCCUUCAUCCACAGGGAGGCUGGGAAAGAUUCUGAACGAGAACGUCGUAAGCUGGAUGACAAGGAACCCAAGCUGGAAGAGUAUGAUCAGCACAGCUACUUGAGCGCAGAUAACGAAAGUGGAGAAACUGACACCGAGCCGCCACAGAAGAGCAAUGAUGAGGGGCGGAUAUGGCGGUCUCACCAAUCAAAAGAUAAUAGAGGCAGUUGGCGAACGAGGGACGCAAAGCCUGAAGGUCAGAGGAGGCCUUGGGGCAACCGUUCAGAAUCGGGUCGUUAUGAUUCUAGCGAGCAGCAUUACAGGCGUUCGCGAUGAAGCAUCAUGCGUAGACGGUUGUAAGAAAAAUGUAUUAUACUCUCACCACACAGACCAACGACCAGUAGACACCCUAAUGACCUAAUGAAUGACUUGUUUACACAUGUCGCCAGGAUUGCAUCUGCGCUUCUCAAAAAUCAGAGUUUCGUUCCUACAAGCUCUCACCUUCAGGCACGCUUCUAUCAUGGGUA